AGUCUUCAGUCUGUCACGUUACUUAGCUAGACACAAACACCUGGCUAGCUAAAUAGGGUAGCUCGUUAUCGGACGCUAAUGAGUCCUGUUAUGUUUGACAGAACUGCACAUACAAGCAAGUUUAGCAAGAUCAGAGUGUAACGUUAGCCACGUUUUGAAUUACGAUUAUUUAUUUCAACAGUUACGCUGCAUCGCGUAGAUUGUAGGCUAGGUAUGUAAUUUAGUAACGUUACGGUAAAAUGAACUGUACAAGCGCCUAACUUUACAGCAGUUUAUCAUUGAAAGUGCGGUGAGUUUUGCAUUGAUAUCAAGUGUCUUUAGCCAGCCUUCUUGAUCAUUUUACAGGCUGUUUUCCCUACAUAUGGACAAAAACUCUAGUGGUGUACACAGAUGAGUAGUGGAUAGUGCCAUGUCACAAGUUGUAUUUCUGUUGAUAUAAUUGUCAUACACAUGAAGCUGUAAUCGUGGCCAAAUAUAUUUUAGGCGGAACUGUUGAGUAGACAGGGUUAGUAUCAAACUAGUACAUACCAAGGACAUUGGGACAUAUUCAUGCAGGUGUAUUGGUGAGAUAAGGGAAAGCAUGGAGGAAUGCACAGUUAGGAACAUAUGGGAGGAGUAACAGAAUAGGCAGUGAAAGGAAAACUUGGUGACAACAUACCCACAAGCAGCAAAGUGUAGGGAAUGGGAAGAGAGAAGGUGAGCAAGAGAACUGAAGCUCCAUCUCUGAAUCAAACUCCCAAAAACAAGAAGAGGGAGUGAAAGAGAUCGACUUUUACACUGUUGCCAUAGUGACAGUUGUGAGCGACAAUCUAAGACCCGUAGCAGCAGUAUCCGCGGGAGAUGGGCAGUGUGAUGGGACCGGUCCUGCUCUGGCUGCAGGAUGUGGUGGCAGUUUCAGUCCUGAGGGCCCGCCGGACGCUGCUGCAGGCGGCCAUCUUGCUCUGUGUCCUGGUACUCUUACUCUGGGUGGCCAUCUUCCUUUAUGGCAGCUUCUACUACUCCUACAUGCCUACUGUCAGCUUCACCACGCCGGUGAACUAUUAUUACAGGACAGACUGUGAUUCCUCCAGCUCAGCUCUCUGUUCCUUUCCUGAGGCGAAUAUUUCCCUUUUGAGGAAUGGCAGGGACCAGGUGAUGCUGUACGGACAGCCAUAUCGCAUAUCUUUAGAACUGGAGAUGCCGGAGUCCCCAGCCAAUGAGCGGCUGGGCAUGUUCAUGGUCAGGAUGUCUUGCUACACUAAGAGUGGUCAGACCAUCAAGUCUGUGGCUCGCUCCGCUAUGCUGCACUAUCGCUCUGGCCUGCUGCAGACACUGAGCACUCUGUUCUUCUCUCCUCUCCUGCUGUCUGGAGUAUCGGAGCAGAAGCAGUUUGUUGAAGUGGAACUCUUCUCAGACCAUCGGGAGAAUUCCUACCAGCCUACCAUAGGCGCAGUGAUAGAGAUCCAGUCUCGUUUGGUUCAAAUCUAUGGCGCCCAGCUCCGGAUCCAUGCUCACUUUACUGGCAUCAGGUACUUCCUGUACAACUUUCCCCUGAUGUCGGCAGUGUUCGGUGUGGGCAGCAACUUCACCUUCCUAAGUGUCAUGGUCCUCUUCAGCUACCUGCAGUUCACCUGGGGUGGCGUCUGGCCUCCAGAACAGGUCAGAGUAAGGGUAAUGAUGGGGGAUGCAACUCGUCUUCAGCAGAGGAAAGAGGAGGCUCGAAAACGUAUAGGAUCCUCCAGUUCACUGAAAAAAAUGAUGGACACAGGAAGUGACAUCACUGCAGACCCUGCAGAGGGAGCCAGGCUAGAGUCUGUAAAGAGGAAAGGUGAGCUGGAGACACUGGGGACAGUCUGCCCAGUGGAUAACUUACCAGACUCCCUGCAGGACAGCUCCACAGUCUCAGAUAUGGGGGGACAGCCUGCACUAGCUCAGGCUCCUGAAGGUGGAGGAAUAGUGUCAAAAGAAGAGUGCUUGGUCUCUGAUGCUACCCUGCGCCAGAGACACGGCCCUCAGAUGAGUAUCUGAACAACAUUACAGCAAAUGCUCACUUAAUCACUCAUGUUUUUUUUAUUACUUUUACACUUUUGCGAGUGGACACUUGCAUUUUCAGUUUCUUAACUCCAGCUGGAGGAAGCGUCAUAUGUGGGAUCCUCUUUACAUUAACUUAUCUUGCUACCAUGACCUUCUCUCUCACGCACACAGACACACGCACGCACGCAUGCACACACCCACACAAACACACACACAUCAAAGCUAACAUCCAAAUUAUAAUUACCUACAAGCAAUUACAAAUAAUCAGCCCUCUUAAACUUCUUUCCUGGAAUGUUUUCCCUUUUUUUUUUACACGUUUACCUCAUUUCUACAACCACUGUGACCUCUGCUGCAGCCUGGUCUUCCACACCUAUCCCCUGGCAUGUGGGUCUACCUCAGUGUCACUACUGGAGUUCCAUUACUCUUAUCCACAUGCUAGUUUAUUAUUGUUUAUUAUACUCAUUAUACUUAUUCUAUUAAGGUAAAAUAAUUCAAAACAGAUGUAUGCUAGGUCAUGCUGUUACAGGGCAUGCUUUGUUCAACGUUAGCAGCCUUUCUACCUAGAAAAUAACAGCCUUUAUUUAUUGCAGAAUUGGAUGACAGUUGGGCUGGGGGGGGGUGGGGGUGUUUGAUGGAGGAAUUAUCCUCUUUAAAAUUUACUGAAGCUUUUAUUGUCAACCUGAUUUUUUUAUUAUUUUGACGAGGAAAUACAAUUGUAGAUACAAAUGUUCUCUUAAAAGUUAUAAUCCGUUAUGUGCUGUCAUAAAUAAUGUGCUGUCAUAAAUACCUUGUCAGAAAAUGCUUUUAGUUAGUAGGCCUACAUCGAGUUUGUUUACAGGACCUGUUUAUAAGAUAUUUUACUGCCUACAUGAAACCUGGUUUUAACUGUAAUGGAUGCUUACCAUUUACUGCAGAACUGAAUCAUCAAUGGUGGCUGUGGUUUUCAUCAUCCCAUCUUAUUAUUGUACUGUUGGGUCAUGUGUUUGUCUUGAUCUAACACAGAUCCAAGGAGAGCAGUUUCACAAAAAGAUGCAAAUAGGAUGAUGUUUUGUUACAUUGUUGAGGUGAAGAAAAAUGACAGAAAUGAAUGUUUAAGCAGGUUUCAUUUUAUUAACAUUGAGAGGGACCUAUUCGGGUAUAUUGGAUGCUGAAGGGCCAGAUACUUAUGUUUCAUUUUGUGAGUAUGUUUGUACUUUGGGACAGAAAUGUUGGGGCCAGAUUUACUUACAUCACAAAGUAAUUACCUCAAAAGUUGAAUCAGUCUAAUAUAUAUCUUUAUUUAGAAAUGCAGUGAUAUAUCUGAGAUUGGAGUGCAAAUGUGCAUCAUUGAGCCUUAUUUAGCAUUUUCUUUGAAAUGUGACAGUCCCUCAUCUUGAAUUUAUUCGGCGCAAGUCAGUGUUCAUUUAUCAUCAUAGGAAGUGUCCUUCAGUGUGCUCCGAUGUUCCUGAUUGCAGUGCAUGUAGUAAACAUGCUCAUGUACAAACUUUGUGAAGUUUCUAGUGAUUUUAAUGUGUUAUGUAGGCUGAUAAAAUGGAGCCAUUACACACAGUUGUCAUGGGAGAAGCAGCUGUUACGCAAUAAAACAUUAAUGCACUUA